UAUAUAUAUACAAGCCUCGGAGUUGUUUCAAUUUCCGUAAGAACACCGGAAUGCGGACUCUUUUUCGUUGCAUAGAUUCUCUCUCUGUUCAACCACGAGCGAGCGAUUUCGCGAAUUUGUAAUCUGGUCGUCGAUUUUCGAUUGAUUAGCAUCGGAUUCUAGAUUUGGGGAUGGCGGCGACAGCCUUGACGUCGGCCUCCGGCGCCGCCAUGAACGGAAAUGUGAGUUUGGGGCGGAGGAGAACUAACAAUCUGUGCUUCCGUUCAUCCUCUGUUUCGCUUCAAUUGUCGCAUUUUUUUAAUGCUACAAAAACGACUUCUCGGUGCGCUACGGCGGAGAACGGCGACCUUUUCUCCGUGACGCCGAAGAGCGAGGCGGAUAUUGACUACCUUGGGGAGAGUACGAAAGGCGACCUUAUUCUCAAUCCAGGAAUUUGCGGUGAAGAGGCUGGUCUCAAUGGACCUAUUGAGGAAGUUGCGAGAACGGAAAUGCAGGAAGUCGAGCGACUGCUUAAUCACAUAGGCAUUCCGGAUCCCUUUUCUGUUAGAUAUUCGCCUCGUGGCAUCUUCUGCAGCCGAACACUUAAUUUUCGAUCAAUUUCUGCCAUUGGAUACGACAUGGACUACACGUUAACGGAUUAUGAUAUUAUGGCCUGGGAGGGAAGGGCUUAUGACUACUGCAUGGAAAUUUUGAAAAAUAUGGGUUUUCCUGUUGAGGGGCUUGCAUUUGACCCAGAACUGGUGAUUCGUGGCCUGGUGAUAGAUAAAGAGAAGGGAAAUUUAGUAAAAGCAGAUCGAUUUGGAUAUAUCAAAAGGGCUAUGCAUGGAACCAAUAUGUUGUCCACUCAAAAAGUGAGUGAGAUGUAUGGAAGAGAACUUGUGGAUUUACGAGAAGAAAGUCGUUGGGAGUUUCUAAACACAUCCUUCUCUGUCUCAGAGGCAGUUGCAUAUAUGCAGUUGGUAGAUAGGCUUGAUGAGGGUGCUAUGGAUGCUGAUCUCAGUCCCCUCGAUUAUAAAGGACUUUACAAGGCCGUUGGAAAAGCAUUAUUCAGGGCACAUGUUGAAGGCCGGCUGAAGAGUGAGAUUAUGUCCAACCCUGAACUCUUUGUAAACCCUGAUCCCGAUCUGCCUUUAGCACUGUUGGAUCAGAGGGAGGCUGGCAAAAGACUCUUUCUCAUCACUAACUCCGACUACCAAUACACUGAAAAGAUGAUGCAAUAUUCUUUCAAUAGGUUUCUUCCAAAUAACAUUACCUGGCGGGACUUGUUUGACAUGGUAAUAGUCUCUGCGAGGAAGCCGGAGUUCUUCCAAAUGUCGCACCCUAUGUACGAAGUAGUGACUGGUGAAGGUCUCAUGCGCCCAUGUUUCAAGGCUCGUCCAGGCGGGGUGUACUCUGGAGGAAGUGCGCAGAUGGUUGAGGAUUCGCUUGGUAUUCACGGAGACGAAAUUCUAUACGUUGGUGAUCAUAUAUAUACCGAUGUCAGCCAAUCUAAAGUUCAUCUUCGAUGGCGUACUGCAUUGAUAUGCCGAGAGCUAGAAGAAGAGUAUACUGCUUUGAUCCAAAGUCGAGCUCAUCGCGCCACAUUAAUAGAGCUUAUAAACCAGAAGGAGAUUCUGUCGGAUCUCUUUAGCCAACUCCGCCUUGCUCAUCAAAGACGGAGUAAAGGCCGCCCUGCACAGAGUAUUGCGGCAAGUUGCAUGGAUGAAAGGGAGCUGGCGGGAAGCAUGAGGAAGCUUCUAAUAGUGAUGAAAAGACUGGACCGGGAAAUUGCUCCAUUGAUGGAGUCUGAUGGGGAGCUUUUUAAUAAGAGGUGGGGGUUUCUUUCCCGAGCUGGAUUAUGGGACAAAAGCCACAUUAUGAAACAAAUCGAGAAGUAUGCUGAUAUAUACACGUCUCGGGUGUCGAACUUCCUCCACUACACUCCUUUCAUGUAUUUCCGAGCCCAAGAACAGUCGCUAUCUCACGAUACCUACAUGUUCAAUCAACAUACUUCCUCUACUUCGCUUCAUCAAUAACAUCACCACCAGCAGCAGCAGCAGCAGCUCUAAUCUUGUACGCUCUCUCUCUCUCUCUCUCUCUCUCUCUGGCUCAGCUCAAACUAUCAUCCAUUUUGGAAUUUUGUCUGUCUACAAAUUAGUCAAAGUGAAAAAUAGAAAGUAAUAAGUGAAAAAACGAUCUUGUCUUGUCUGUGUGGAGUUUGAAGAGAGAGAGAGAGAGAGAGAGAGAGGAGAGGAGUGGAUGGAUAUGGUUUUGUUAUUUAUGGAGUAGUAUUAAACUGUGACUCAUAAAAACUACCUUUCUUUGGACUAGCCCAUCCAAACCCAGUUUAAAACUGCCCCAACUAUUUUUGAACCAGUCCCGUACCAAAUGCAUUUCAACCGACCAUCCCAAUCAAGAUAGGUUGCGCAACGAAGUUCAUAUGGAUCGGCCCAGAAUAUGCCCUCCUCCGUCGUCGUCUAAUUUUAUUAUCAUUUUUUUUUUUUUUUAUCAUCCAAAUUUAUUUUCGUUUUUUAGUAAAAAAAUAUCACUUUUACUAUUUCUUUACCCAAAAAGUAAAUUUUUUUUAUUUUUAUCUAUUUUAAAACUCAUGUAUGGUCAAAUAAGGACACAAUUGAAUGACGAGGGAGUAAUAUUUUAAUUAUAGUGAAUAGUUGAAAAUAGUGUAAAAAUAGUUGUCUGUCUUUUUUGCGUAUGAUAGGGAUCCAUACUUACUAAAAAAAGAAAUGUAUACAGAUGAAAAAUAGAAAGAUGUAUAUAUUAAGGUGGGGCGAAGAGAAUAUUUGUUUGUAAUUUUAAUUUGAGAUAUUUUUUUAUAUUUUCUACUUAGAAGUGUGUUGAUAAUAUAAAAAAUAUUUUUUUGUUAAAUUGUUAAAGUUUGAUAAGUUUGUAGAAUAUAUAGAUUAUGUUGAUGUGCAUAUAUAUUGGAUAUACUUUUUUAAUAAUAUUAAUCAUUAAACAUAUCAAAUACUAUUUUUUAUUAGGGUGUUUGAUUGAAUAUUUUGUAUUAGAAUUUAUAUUUUAUUUCUUAAAAAAAAAUUAAAAAACAAAUAUUCAAUUGAGAAUUAUUAAAAUAUUAGGAUAUUUUUAUUAGGGUGUUUGAUUGAAUAUUUUGUAUUAAAAUUUAUAUAUUUUUAUUAGGGUGUUUGAUUGAAUAUUAGGAUUUUAAUAAAAUAAAUAAAUAAAUAUUUUUCUUAGGAUUUUAUUAUUAUUAUUAUUUUUUUGAU